ACAGAAUAUCGGAACUACCAGUUCCGAUAUUCUGUGCCCUAAUGUGUCCAACUUGUCUGCUGACCGCAUUCAUAGAACCGCUUUGUUCGAUCUGAAUGGAACAUAAUAGUUUUAGGUUAAGUUUGCUUCUAUUUCAUAGUUUCCUCACAUUUUUGGUUUGAAAGCAAUUUGAAGUUUUUUUUACUAAAUUAUUAUGGCAGAUUCGGCAAAGGUCCAGGAUUAUAAAGAAGAAGUUAAGAAACAAGCAGAACAAUUAGUACUUAAAGGUUUUCCCGAAACCAUCGUUAGUUUGAAUAGCAUUCUGGAAACUGCUCAAUUCAAAAACAGACAGUUUUCAGAGGUACAUCAAGACUUGAACAUACCAGUGCCAGAGCCAAUUGUUCUGAAUAGUCACACUGAAUUGCCACCAGCAAAGAAGACAAAACUUGAUAACCGUUUAUCUCAAGAUGGAACCAAAGUUAUGGUUUUACCAACUGGAGCUGUUUCCACAAAUAAGCACCUGGUAGACCUGAUAGAACAAGUGAAGCCUCAUAUAAGAAAGCUUGUAGAGGAUUCUAAUUUGCUAAAAUCCCUUACAACAGAAGAGAUUUUGGAAAACGCCUCAAACAUGGUCAGUGCUUGCGAAAACGAUUUGGAGAACAAGCUAGGCGACGAAUUAGUGCAGUUCGCUGAACUGCUAAAAACAGAUCUGCCUACUAUAUUGACACAAACCAAGGGCCUCUUGACAGAAUUUGCUACAGGCCCCGCGCUGGCUUAA